AUGACAAAAAUAGCUGAUCGAGUUCAAUUCGGAAUUCCGGAGAAGCUAAAAGGCAAGUAUGAAGAAAAACUGUUCCAGUUUUCCAAAAUAAUUGAGGAGAUAGAAAAGAUACCUGACAAUGGUGACUCAUUCAAGCCAGCAAAGGGGCGGGACAAGGGCCACAGGCCGACAGGGGGUGAGAACAGCCACAAUCAGUGGGCGUGGAAAUGCAACAUCAGCCAUGAAGGGAACCGCCCCCGAGAUGGAGAAUGUCUCAACUCGAGAGAACAGGAGAAGCUGAGAGGUAAGACUGUGGCAAUAAAAGACUCUAUCGCAGUGGCCGGGGUUCCAAUGACAUGCGGAAACUCAAGUCUAAAGGACUUCGUCCCCUCGUCAGAUGCCGUAGUCGUCAGUCGGAUCCUCGCAGCCGGCGCCACUAUAGUCGGAAAAGCAGUUUGCGAAAACAUGAGUCACUCUCAAUUCUCGCAAACGGGUUUCCUGGGGCCGACACUCAACCCAUACGACAAAUCCCGUACCUCUGGGGGGUCGAGUUCCGGCAACGCGGUGGCACUCGCAUUGCGCGAAGUGGAAAUGGGCGUGGGCACUGACAACGGGUGUUCGGUGCGUGUUCCGGCGGCACUGUGCGGAUGUGUGGGUCUGAAGCCGACUUUCGGACUCGUACCAGUGGAGGGAGUUGGUCCGAGUAUGCGAGCGACUAACCAUUUCGGACCAAUGGCCUCAAAUGUCGAGGAUUGUGCUUUGCUGCUCGAUGUCAUAUCUGGCCCGGACAUGUUUUCAAACCCAACUUCAGUAGCUUUCACAAAGCCGAAUUCUUAUUUGGACGAAAUCAACCUAGGUGUGAACAAAAUCAAAGCAGGCGUGAUAAAAGAAGGCUUUCUCUACGAAGACGAGAACACUAAAAAUGUGUCGGAGACUGUCUUAAAAACUAUUGAUCAAUUGAAAAAUCAGGGUAUGCAAUUGGAAGAAAUUUCAAUCCCGGAAUUAAUUGAAGCAAAGUCUCUUUACUACUUGCUUUCAAUGCUCGAAAUUGCCCAUGUUUUUGAGAAUAACGGUCAACCUUAUGCAGGACGACAAGCAACUAUGAUUGACUUGAAGCGUGCUUUCAAAGAUCUCAAAGUGGACGCAAAUUUGCCUCAGAACACUCAAAUUGCGAUGAUAGCUUCAAAACUAUUUGCCGAAAGGAUUUCAACGGAAAAUAUUUUUGAAAAAGCUAUGAACAGAUCUAAAGUUCUUUCGGAGAAAAUUGAGAAUUUGUUGGCAAAAUAUGACGUUUUUAUUUUGCCAACUACCCCUUACGUUGCUCCUAAGUUACCUCAGGAAAACGAGAACUACAUUGAAGCACACGUGCCAAUGAAUGUGAACUGCUGUCUGUUCAACUUGACAGGACAUCCUGCAAUCAGUGUGAACUGUGGAUUCGUCCAACCGCAAGAGGGCGAUGACAAAAGGACAGACAUGCCUGUUGGAAUGCAGAUUGUGUCUAGAUACAUGCAAGAAUCGAAAGUUCUGAGGGUAGCAAAGACGGUCGAGGAGUUAGUUGGUCGACGAACUGUCUUCAUCAACCAGGAAAAAUGAACCCUAAUGAAACAGUUCUUUUUUUAGUUAGACAGAAGUCAAUUGUUUUAGUUUGAGCUUAGCUUUAACAGCCCCUUAGUUUUACCGAAAAUAAAAAUUUGAUGUUG